AUUCAGCUUCGGAUAAAACGCCAUUUCAGACAGCUGUAAACCAAGCUUAAGUUCCGUUUAAUUUACCGGGCUGAAAAUCACAAUUAAAUUAUAGAAGAACACUGGCUCUAAAAUGAGUCACAAUGAGGAGAGAGAGGAGGCGGAUAUUGUUCACUAUCAGAACCAAAAUGCAGCAUCUCCAGAGCCCAGCUGCGUGUCUAUAAAGAGUGACGUAUCCAUCAAUCUGCCUCCUUAUCUCAGUGAUGGGCCAGUGACCAUUGACCCCAGUGAUAUUGAGAAAAAGAGAUCAGAAUCUCCAGAGCCUAGCUGUGUUUCUAUAAAGAGUGAGUUAUCCAUCAAUCUGCCUCCUUAUCUCAGUGAUGGAGCAGUGACCUUUAACCCCAGAUAUGAUCAGACUGGAGACCCGCAGCAGGAUUCUCACCACCCAGUAGAUUAUGAACUACAGAGAAUCAAAGACCAACAUAAAACCAGCAUGAAGAACAAAUAUGAGAGCUUAUUUGAGGGAAUCAACCUACAUCAAACCCUGCUGAACAGGAUCUACACACAGCUCUACAUCAUAGAGGGAGGGAGACAAAGGGUGAAUGAAGAACACGAGGUUUUUCAAAUGGAGAAAACAGCCAGAAAACAACACUCACAAGACAUUCCAAUCUACUGCAAUGACAUCUUUAAAGCCUCACCUGAACCAGGAUGUGAGGACAAAGACCGAAUCAAGUCUGUUCUUACUAAAGGCAUGGCUGGAAUUGGAAAAACUGUCUCUGUGCAAAAAUUCAUUUUAGACUGGGCCGAGGGAAAAGCCAAUCAGGAUGUAGAUUUUAUGUUUGUGCUUCCAUUUCGAGAACUGAACUUGAUUAAAGAUCAUCAGUACAGUCUUCACAAACUUCUGCUGGACUUUCAUCCUGAACUUCAAGAUCUGGACUCAACGAUUUAUGAGGAGUGUAGAGCUGUGUUCAUCUUUGAUGGUCUGGAUGAAAGCAGAAUCACACUGAUGUUUUCAGAUGCUCAGAAAGUUUCUGAUGUGACAGACAUUUCAUCAGUGGGUGUGUUGAUAUCAAACCUCAUGAAAGGAAAGCUGCUUCCCUCUGCUCUCAUCUGGAUCACCUCCAGACCAGCAGCAGCCAAUCAGAUCCCCUCUGAAUACAUCAACCGUCUGACAGAAAUUCAGGGAUUCAAUGAGCCUCAGAAGGAGGAAUAUUUCAGGAAGAGAAUCAGUGACGAGCAUCAAGCCAGCAGAAUCAUCUCACACAUCAGAAGAGCAAGAAGCCUCCACAUCAUGUGCCACAUCCCCGUCUUCUGCUGGAUCUCAUCCACUGUGCUUCAAAAGCUCCUAAAAGAAGAUCUGAGUGCAGAAAUCCCUCAAACUCUGACUGAAAUGUACAUCCACUUCCUGCUGAUUCAGAUCAACACGAAGAAUCAGAAGUAUGAAGAGAGAGAUAGAGAGACACUCCUGCAGUCCAACAGAGAAGUGAUUGUGAAACUUGUUGAACUGGCUUUCAAACAGCUGAUGAAGGGCAAUGUGAUGUUUUAUGAGGAGGACCUGAGAGAGAGCGGCAUAGACAUCACUGAUGCCUCAGUGUAUUCUGGGAUUUGCACUGAGAUCUUUAAAGAGGAAUCUGUGAUUCAUCAGAGGAAAGUGUACUGCUUCAUACAUUUGAGCUUUCAGGAGUUUCUUGCUGCUUUUUACGUGUUUUACUGUCACCUGAUGAAGAACUUAGAGUUUUUGUAUGACAAACAUGAAAGUUACACAUCUAAGAAAAACUCUUUGUAUGAGGUAUUAACAUCAGCAGUUGAUCAAACCCUUCGGAUUGAAAAUGGACACCUGGAUCUUUUUCUGCGGUUUCUGCUGGGCAUUUCACUGGAGUCCAAUCAGAGACUCUUAGAGGAUCUACUGACACAAACCGAGAACAGCUCAGAGACCAUCAGAGAAACCACACAGUACAUUAAAGACAGGAUCAAGAGAUUUUACUUAUCAGCUGACAGAUCAAUCCUUCCGUUAAAUGAUUGUUAUAAUCAUCUUUCAGCUGACAGAUCCAUCAACCUGUUUCUCUGUCUACUGGAAGUGAAUGAUCAGACAUUAUAUAGAGAGAUCCAGGUGUUUCUGGAAUCAGACAAACUCUCAGAUAAUAAACUCUCUGCUGCACAUUGCUCAGCAAUAGCCUACAUGCUUCAGAUGUCAGAAGAGGUGCUAGACGAGUUUGAGCCCAUGAAAUACAACACAACGGAUGAGGGUAGACGGAGGCUGAUACCAGCUGUGAUGAACUACAGAAAAGCUCUACUCGCUGGAUGUGGUCUCUCUCAUCGGCACUGUGAAAGUUUGUCUUCAGCACUCCAAUCAUCAAAUUCUCAUCUGAGAAAUCUGGACCUCAGUAACAAUGACCUGCAGGAUUCAGGAGUGAAGCUGCUCUCUGAUGGACUGAAGAGUUUUCAUUGUCAACUGAACAUACUGAGAUUGGCAGGUUGUAGAUUCACUGGUCAGUGUUGUGAAAGCUUGUCUUCAGCUCUACAAUCAUCAAAAUCCUGUCUGAGAGAGCUGGACCUCAGUAACAAUGACCUUCAGGAUUCUGGAGUGAAGCUCCUCUCUGCUGGACUGUCAGACUGUCAACUGAACAUACUGAGAUUGGUGACCUGUAAUCUCACUGGUCAAUGCUGUGAAAGUCUGUCGUCAGCUCUACAAUCGUCAAGCUCAUGUUUGACAGAGCUGGACUUGAGUAACAAUGACCUGCAGGAUUCAGGAGUGAAGCUACUCUAUGCUGGACUGAAGAGUUCUCACUGUCAACUGAACAUAUUAAGAUUGUCUGGCUGUAUGGUGACAGAGGAAGGCUGUCGUUAUAUAUCUUCAGCUCUGAGUUUAAACCCUUCACAUCUGAUAGAGCUGGAUCUGAGCUACAAUAACCCAGGAGAAUCAGGAGUCAAGCUGCUUUCUGAUACACUAAACAAUCCAAACUGCUUACUGGACAAACUCAAUAUGGAUCAUGGAGGAGAAUUCAGGAUUACCGCAGGACUAAGCAAAUAUGCCUGUGAUCUUACACUUGAUCCAAACACAGCAAAUACUCAUCUCAUUCUCUCUGAGGAGAACAGAAAGGUGACACGGGUGGUAGAGAAUCAGUCAUAUGCUGAUCAUCCAGACAGAUUUGAUGUGCGUCCUCAGGUUCUGUGUAGAGAGAGUCUGUCUGGACGCUGUUACUGGGAGGCUGAAUGGAGUGGAUAUGCUGGAAUAUCAAUGACAUAUAAGGGAAUCAGCAGGAAAGGUUGGAGUCGUGACUGUGAGUUUGGAUAUGAUAAAAAUUCCUGGAGUCUGAUCUGCUCUGAUGGCACAUUCAUUGCUUUUCAUAGUUAUAAGCUAAACGUCAUACGUGUCCCUUCAGAGUCCUCUAAUAGAAUAGGAGUGUAUGUGGACAUGUCAGCUGGCACUCUGUCCUUCUACAGCGUCUCUGACACAAACACACUCACACACUUACACACAUUCAACAACACAUUCACAGAGUCUCUUUAUGCUGGAAUUGGGUUUGGGUUUUACCAUUUGAACUCCUCAGUAUCUCUAUAUCAGAUUGAAAAGUCUGUCAACAGAGACAGAAAGCUUUUACACACACCUGAAUAAAAAUACUCUCACUUUAUAUUGCUUUAAUAAUUGCAUAUACAAUAAUUGCAUAUGCAUAUAUCCUGUUGACCUUCACACAAAAACAGAUUUCUAUCAGAUUAUUACUUCAACAUUUAAACCAAAAUGUUGGAGUAUUUUGACAA